AUGUUCCACGCCAAGCCUGCGCCAGAGCGUGCGGCCACCACAGCUCAACCGGAGUUGUCAGGCGACUCUACCAACUCCACCGCGCCGCACCGCCGCGCCGCACCGAUGCAGUCGCGCAAGCUGCUGAGCCAGCUUGUCAUCGUGUCGCUGCUGAUUGGCGGGGCGUUCCAACUUUCACGCUGGUUUUCACCCUCGCACGACAUCACGGCUAGGCCAUGUAUCCUCAAUCAGCACUCACCACAGCCCGGCAACUCGGAAAAGAUACGGCUACGGAGCAACCAUCCUACCUUGUCGACAACCCGUGCCGACAACAACUCUCCGCGGGGCAGCACCAUUCCUGACACUUGGGACUCACCGCCGUCAAAUACUGACGAUGUAGAGGGAAUUGAUCGGGAGAGAGUAUAUGUGAAGUGA